GUUGGUGGUGUGAGAGAAUUAUUAGUGACCCUAAUUUGAAGGCGCCAGCUCUAUAGAAAAAGAGAGAGAGAGAGAGAGAAGGGAAGCGAAAAAUGCUAAAAGAUUCCUCAGCUGAAAAGGAAAAAGAAAAAUAACUGAGUCCCUUCAUUAAAAAUUAUAAUUUGAGGGAGUGUGAGAUUGACAGGCAGAUCCCACCGAAAUAAAUUUAAUAAAUUCACCACGCCUCCCCAUCUUCAUAAAAACCCACAGAAUUCACCCAUCUUUCUUGAUAUAUAUUUUUAUUUUUUUUGCAGCUGGUAAUUGGCAGGGAGUUGUGGGCUUAGCUAGUUGGGAAAAAGAGUGGUGAUCUUGUACAUGAUGCUUGGUGUUUCAGGCCUCAUGGGCAGCUCUGGGGACGGAGCUGCUGCUGGUGCGGCGGCGGAGACCCACGAGAGCGGCGGUGGCAGUGGUGGGAGCAGUGAGGUUGGAGGGUCCAGCUCGAUAAUUCCGGGGAGCGGUGUGGAAGAAAGUGAGAGAAGUGGGGGCGGUGGAAACCGAUGGCCGAGGCAGGAAACGUUGGCUUUACUGAAGAUUCGUUCUGAUAUGGAUGUUGCGUUUAGGGACUCAAAUCUCAAGGGUCCAUUAUGGGAAGAAGUUUCCAGGAAAAUGGCGGAGCUUGGAUUUCAACGAAGCGCCAAGAAGUGCAAAGAGAAAUUUGAGAAUGUGUACAAGUACCAUAAAAGAACAAAAGAUGGCCGAUCAUCAAAACCCGACGGCAAGACUUAUCGAUUUUUUGAUCAAUUAGAGGCUCUUGAAAAUACCCCUCCGAAUGCCUUCACGCCUCCGCCACCGCGCCCUCAGCCUCCCGCCACCAUCCCAAUGGCGGCGCCAGCAAAUGCUGCUAAUUUAGCAUUGCCAUCAAAUGUUACUGUUUCAUCAACUAGUCCAACCCCUUUGAGAAUGUUGCCCCCAAGCACUACACCGCAAACUGGCACCAAUCAAGUGAAUUCUUCUCCAUUCCCACCAUUACAGCAGCCUCCGGCAACAGCAGUUCCUCCUCAAAGCCACAACUUUCAACCCUCUUAUCAUCACAUAUCGAUGAGCCUGCUGUCGAAUUCUACUUCUUCUUCCACAUCGUCAGAUGAGGAUAUACAAAGGCGAAGAGGUAGAAAGAGAAAAUGGAAGGAUUACUUCGAAAGGCUGAUGAAAGACGUAAUUCAGAAGCAGGAGGAGUUGCAAAGGAAGUUCUUGGACACACUGGAGAAACGCGAGCGGGAUCGUAUGGCUAGAGAGGAGGCCUGGAGAGUGCAAGAAAUGGCGAGAAUGAACCGAGAGCACGAGCUUUUGGUCCAGGAGAGAUCGAUGGCUGCGGCCAAAGACGCGGCGGUGAUUGCAUUCUUGCAGAAGGUAACAGACCAACACAACUUGCAAAUCCCAAUCAGUAAUAAUAAUGCACCGCCGGGAGCGCCGCCAAUGCAGGCACAAGCGCCGCCGCAAAAUCCCCAGCCAGCGAGACAAUCUCCAACGCCAACACCACCACCUCCUCCACUGCCGCAACAAUCCACAUUCCCACCGCCACCGGAGCCACCAGCACAACCUGCUUCUGCCCCGUCGGUAGUUACGGUAACCCCAAACAAAAUCCUGGACCUUUCAAAAACAGACAACGGUGGCGAUAAUUUAAUGCCGGCGAGCUCUUCACGAUGGCCCAAGGCAGAAGUUCAAGCCCUGAUCAAUCUCCGAACGAGCCUUGAUCUCAAGUACCAAGAUAAUGGACCAAAGGGCCCCCUCUGGGAGGAGAUCUCGGCGGCCAUGGGCAAGCUCGGCUACAACAGAAGUGCAAAGCGAUGCAAAGAGAAAUGGGAGAACAUCAACAAGUACUUCAAGAAAGUAAAGGAAAGCAACAAGAAGAGACCCGAAGACUCCAAGACAUGCCCAUAUUUCCACCAGCUUGAUGCCAUUUACAAAGAAAGGGCCAGAAACGAUGUCCCCUCAUUUAAUCCCGGAUUCACGAUGAAGCCCGAGAACCCAAUGGUGCCCAUAAUGGCCCGGCCCGAGCAGCAAUGGCCACUCCCGGAGCAGAAUUCUGCAAUGCAUGAUCCAGAUCAUCACGACAACGAGAGCGGGAACAACGAUCACGAGGAGGACGAUGAUGAGGACGACGAGGACGAAGACGAAGGAGGGGGCUACGAGAUAAUAACAAACAAGCAGCCAUCUUCAGUGACGAACACGGCGGAGUGAAUCAAAGAGCUGCAGCUGCAACUGCAACUGCUGUCUAGUGAGAGAUGAAGAGAGAGAAAUGUGGAGAGGCGGAGAUCGAUGUUAAAAAUGCGGGCAAGUGGGCGAAGAAGACGGAGGUGGGGCAGAAUUGCAGAAGGUGUCAGAGGGGAGCGGAGAAGAUAAGUGGGUCAGUAAACGGGUGGGCAAUCAGAUGGGGUUGGGGCGGCGGUGAAAAAGUUUGAAACACAGUUAAAUCUUUGAAUUAUAGGGCAGGUGUUAAGGUAAUUACAGGAUUUAAAUUAAUUAGCUUUAAUUUACCUAAGUUUUUAUUUUUAUAAUUUAUUUAUUAUUUCGGGAAUAAAUAAAUU